CAUACACUCUCAAAUCAAGUGUGCCUGAAAAAUAUAUAUUCUUCACGUAAACAAGCGAUGAAAAUUUGGACACUUUUUAGUGAGUAAAUUGUAUGGAGUUCCACUGCUGUGUCGUAAUGAUCGUGAAGACCAUACGAUGAGUGCAUGAAAUAUUCCCAAAAUGCUGCGUUUGCGACCAGUCGUCUACGGUACUUGUUGGAGAUCGUUUUCCUCCGCGCUGUACGUCACUGGAGACAAAGCGAAGGAACAGUAUGCGCCUCUGGUUCCCUUCCUGGACAUCCGCUCGAAGCUAUCGGAUCUCGAGCGCUUGCAGGAAAAUCUACGACUUCGCCGGUAUCGGCUUGAUUUCGACCAGAUGAAGCAACAGUGGGAACUAUACAGGUCGAUUGAACUGCGCAAGAAAAAUAUCGAAGCGAGAAGGGUUGAGCUGCGGGAGCAGAUUGCACAGGCGGAAAGUGAGGAUGAGAGGAAGCGGCUCAAACUACAGGCUGUUCUCGCUAAGGAUGAUCUGAAAAGUUUGAGGGAGAGUAGCUAUUCGAUAGCGGACGCAUUUGUGACGCAAAACUUCCUGGCCAUUCCAAACGAGUUACACGAAAGAACACCUGCAGAGGAGAGGCAAGUGUUGUUCGAGGAGAGCAUCAAAAAUGCUAGGAAGCUGCAACCUGUUGGGGAAGAGUGUCUAGAACCGUAUGAUUCCACUUGCUCCUAUAUGACUGGGGAUGCCGCUUUGAUGGAUUUGUUUCUUCCGAUCGAUUUCGUGAACAUUUUCCAGGAAGCCGGAUUUGUUCUAUUCUCCAAUCCAGAUUUUGUGAGAAGUGUGCUGGUGGAAGCUGCAAUGGUAGAUCCCAAGGCUUUACAUUUGGUAAACGAGGAAGUCGACCUAGAUCAUAAACUUAAUUUACUGCACCUAUGCGGGGGAGGAUCUAUGCUUAGUUUUUUAGGGUACCUGGCUAAACUGUCGGUCUUCCCAACGGCAUUGCCUCUGCGGCUUGUAGCUAAUGGGAAGCAAUAUUUUCAGGAUAGGAUCCAAACUAACGCAGUGCAGAUGCUUGCUGUGACUGCCGACCAAACGGAAGCCGUCGAUAUUUUUGAUGAAACGAUUGAAUUGUACAAAAAAUGCUAUACCCGGUUUGGGAUCAGCUACAGAUUGAUGAAAGUUCCAGCUCACGAGCUGAACCCUGCGGAGGCAAUGCGUGUCGAUGUGGAAAUGUUCAAUCCGAAGGUAAAUCGGUUCAUAAAAAUAGGGGACGUCUGCUAUUAUUCAAACUUUCUGAGCAAAAGAAUAGCUUUCAACUAUCACGAAGGGAAGAUCCAAAAUUUUCCUCAUCUAAUAUCAGGGACUGUGCAAGCAACAGUUGAUUUGAUCAGAGUCCUUCUGCAACAUGGCAUUCGAUUGAAAGACUUGUCCUUUUUAGAAGAUGUUCAAUAAAACAAGAGUUGUAAAAAUAUAUUAACUUUCU